GUGCGUCCACGUCCCUGGAAGCCGCGCACGGGCGUGUUCGCGGUGCCGCUCCCGGAUCCCGACAGCCCGUCUGCGCCUGGUGACCGAAUUCGUGUCGACUGACCAGAGUCCGCGAAUUCCACCCCCGACGGGUUCAGUGAAGGUCAUAAAGAAGUUUUGAAAGUAGAAUGUCUCGCCAUCAAUUCUUGUUUGAACCAAUCACAUGUCAUGCCUGGAAUCAAGAUCGGACACAGAUAGCACUUAGUCCCAAUAACCACGAGGUUCAUAUUUAUAAGAAAAGUGGAAAUCAGUGGAUCAAGAAUCAUGAACUGAAAGAGCAUAAUGGUCGAAUAACAGGCAUUGAUUGGGCUCCCCAGAGUGAUCGCAUUGUAACCUGUGGUGCUGACCGUAAUGCUUACGUGUGGAGUCAGAAAGAUGGUGUGUGGAAGCCAACAUUGGUCAUUCUAAGAAUUAACCGUGCUGCCACAUUUGUGAAGUGGUCUCCUCAGGAAAAUAAGUUUGCUGUAGGUAGUGGUGCCCGGCUGAUCUCAGUGUGCUACUUUGAAGGAGAAAAUGAUUGGUGGGUGAGUAAACACAUUAAGAAGCCAAUUCGUUCUACUAUCCUUAGCCUUGACUGGCAUCCCAACAAUGUCUUACUGGCAGCAGGUUCAUGUGACUUUAAAUGCAGAGUUUUUUCUGCUUACAUUAAAGAAGUAGACACAAAGCCUUCAGCCACACCUUGGGGUUCCAAAAUGCCUUUCGGACAAGUGAUGGUAGAGUUUGGUGGUGCCGGUAGUGGAGGUUGGGUCCACAGUGUUUCUUUCUCUGCCACAGGAAACCGCCUGGCAUGGGUUAGUCACGACAGUACUGUAUCUGUUGUUGACGCUGGUAAAAAUAUGGCGCUUUCUCAAAUGAAGACGGAAUUCCUCCCCCUGUUGAGUGUGAUUUUUGUCUCUGAAACUAGCAUAGUGGCAGCAGGCCAUGAUUGCUGUCCAAUGCUUUUCAUAUAUGAUGAUCGUGGUUCUUUAACCUACAUCUCCAAGCUAGACAUUCCAAAGCAGAGCAUUCAGCGCAACAUCUCUGCCAUGCAGCGUUUCCACAAUCUGGAUAGAAGGGCCACCACAGAGGAUCGAAAUACCACACUUGAGACCCUCCACCAGAAUAGCAUCACCCAAGUCUCCAUAUAUGAAGGUGAUAAGAGAGAUUGUUGGAAGUUUUGCACUACUGGGAUUGACGGCGCAAUGACAAUUUGGGAUUUGAAGACUCUGGAAUCCUCAAUCCAAGGCAUGCGUAUCAUGUGAACAAGAAUCCCUGCGAUCCAGGCUGACGAAACUCCAUGAGAAAAGAAGAGCCCUAUUUCCCUAUCCCACUCCCUCCACCUUCAACUGCAGCUGGCUAGAAGCUGGUGAGCAAAUCUUCAAAACCAACACAAGAAAAGGCACUGAAAAAUUCUGAAAUCAACGCUCCACCACUUCAUUCUGGGAAUUUUGUUUUGAUUUUAAAGGAAUUGCUUUGAAGUGGGUUUUUUUCUUUUUUUCUUAGCUAAAGCUCCCUUCAAAACAGUUUCUGCAGCACUCUGAGGGGAAUGCCCUAAAGAGGGUAGUAAUGUACACUAAUUUAAAGGGACUUUUAUGUAGUGUGUCUGCUAGAAAAUAAACACUACAAAACUUCA